ACAAUAAUACUGUAAUCCAGUCUGACAUGUUUACUUUCCGGCGAAUUUUCACGAAAAUAAAUCAUUUAAACACUUUAAUCAUUUUAGGAUUCGAAAUGCCUUUUUAUGCAGUAAGAAUAGGUAGAUGUCCAGGAGUUUAUAGAACAUGGGAUGAAUGUAAAGUGCAGGUAGAUAAAUUUACAAAGCCAAGGUUUAAAAAAUUUAACACAGAAGAAGAGGCUCGAGCUUUUGUGAAAGGAUCGGAUCAUCCUACCAACUUUCCAGGCUCUUUUAAAUCGUCACCUGCAAAAAGCUUCAGUAGUGGUUUUCCAAAAAGUCCAAAGGCUUCAAGCAGCAAAGAUUUAUCAACAGAUGUUAAGCUUAAGAUUGCCGAGAAAGAAAUACAGUAUUUGAAAGAGAAAUUGAAACAGAAAGUGUGUGAAAAGAAAUUGUUGGAAACUAAAGCAGAAAUAGACCAGCUAAAAGGUCAAGGGUCUUACCAAGGGAAGGUUACACAUUCAAGAAAAACAUUUCAUAACUCAAAGCCAUAUCAACCUUCGACACCAACUAAUAGCUCCAACUGGAAACAGAACAGAACAACACAACUUAUAGAUAUAAAUGAAGCCAGACAAUUACAUACAGAUGCUUGCUCUGAUGGUGUGGCAUUAGAUGAUAGAACACCUGUAGUAUACACAGAUGGUGCUUGUACAAACAAUGGUCGAGGUGCAGCUAAAGCUGGUAUAGGUGUAUACUGGGGUCCUAACCAUCCAUUAAACAUUAGUGAAAGGUUACCUGGUAGGCAAACAAACAACAGAGCAGAAAUUCAUGCUGUAGUGAAGGCAGUGCAACAAGCCAGACUGCAAGGAUUUCCAAGACUUACUGUGAAAACUGAUAGCAUGUUUCUCAUUAACUCUAUGACCAAGUGGUUACCUGGUUGGAAGAGAAAGGGUUGGAUGACUUCAGAAGGCAAACCUGUCAUAAAUCGUGAAGAUUUUGAAAGUCUUAUCGAAGAAAUGGAUGGGGUUGAAAUAAACUGGGUUCAUGUACGAGGUCACCAAGGACAUGAAGGCAAUGAACAAGCAGACAAGCUAGCAGUCAAAGGUGCAAGCAUGCCAGAUAGAAAUAGAUGAAACCUCUCCAACUAGUUUAGUUAUAUGAUUACAGUGAAACUAGGUGUCACAGUUGUGAUAUUUAACAAAGUCAAUAUUACCUAAGACUACUAGGUUUUUUGGUAUAAAUUGCUACACCAUUGACAAUUCACACUUGAAGAACCUAUAUGAAGGGUUAUGUGAAUUAAUUUAAUUUCAUGGGCAGAGAAUUUCAUGGUAUUGUCAAAAAGGACAUUUUCGAGGGUUCUAAAAGUGGAGGAUUGUUUGUUUUUGCCAAAAACUGUUAUAAAAAAUAAGCAUUCAGCAGAAGAUAUAAAAUGUGUGGAUUGAGCAAUCCAUGGAUACCAUAAAAAUAAGUGCCCAGUUAGUAAUAGUGAUUUUGCAGUAAUUGUACUUGUGACUAUUACAUGAGCACCAUACAAAUUUUAAAGUCUCAUCCAAAAGACUUGUUAGUAGUUUUAGUUUUGAGGUGUGGGAUAUUGAACUCACAACCUCUGUAUUUGUAAUCUGUGUGACCAUCAGACCACUGUGCCCAUUCUUAGUACUUGCUGCUAUGAAUUUUGUUCAUUUGACAGAUAACAGUUCUUUAAGACAUGUUAAAUACUGUGAUAUGAAAUGUUAUGUUUCAGUUAGUACCCACAGUGUUCUUAAUUAAUGUUGUUGAUCAUGUUGCCAUAUUUAGACAAGCAAGAUUUUUUGUUUUAGAGUUGUUUGUAUAGUUUUGAGUUUGUGACAUGAUAAGAAAUUUUGUUUGGACAUUUAUUUAUUUCAUUGCAUGUAUAUUUCAUUGGGUUUUUUUUAUUUUUGCUAAUUAAUCUUGUAUUUUUCCUAUGUAUAAAUGUACAACCUUUAGUUUUUCAUAUUAAAGCAGUAUGCCUCCAGAGGAGCCAAAACAUUUUUAUAAAAUCAAACUUGAUUUUAGGAAAGUUAAAAGAUUGAAGAUUUAAGUAAUAAUUUACAUGUUGUUUGCAUUUAUUUAACUGAUUUUUCAGUAUUUAUAACCAUAUUUCUACUGUGUUAAUGCAUUAAAGGCUAUUUUUCAAUAUUUUGACCUCAUUUUGUGUAAUUUACUUGGGUUGUGAGUGCUGUUUGUAAUGUGUAAAUUGCUUGCUUAUGGUUAUGUCACAAUAUUUUACUUGUAGAUACAUUUUCAAAAUUUUCAUGAAAAUAAGCACGAAUCUGGAAGAGUGCUGCUUUAAAUGUGUUUAAAAUUUAACACCGAGAAAUAAUGCAGAUUAUUGUGUUCAUGUAUUACAUAGCAUAUUUAUAUAGAAGUGAGAUUAAGGGAUGAAGGUGAAGGUUAUUCAGUAUUACAAGGGAGUGGUUUGUAAACAUAUGGAGAAAUGUAUAUAUCAAUAGAAAAUAAUAUAGAAAUGUACACAAGCGGAACUAAAUGACAUAUUCCUGUAACUUUUUUGACUGUCAUAUGUUAGAUACAUGUAUAAUGCUCUUCCCAGUGCCAAAUAAUUACCUGGCAUUUUGCAUAUCCUUUCCUGAGCUUUCUGCUUGAAAUUUAAUAUUUUGUAGGAAAUUGAAAUUGUUAGAUGAAUAAUUACAUAGACAGAAAUGAAUUUAUUUUAGCCAAAAAACUUAUUAUUUGAAUAGUUGAAUGAUAAAAUAAACAAUAUACGUUGCAUUAUUAUCACUGUGGCAGUCUGAACUGCAAUCACCUGCAUGGGGUGAAAACUAAGGCAGUGAAAGAUUGUGAACCAAUUUUGGUUAUAAACUCUUCAGUUAUAAAAUGUUGUUACAUUUGAGUGAAUAAUAAACGGUUAAUUAACAUACAACAUAGCAUUGAUAAUACUGUAAUACUUUUCAUGCAGUUUAGUACAUACAAUAUAGAUGUGUCAAUAGGAGGUCUGGCCACGACGUAUGCAUUUGCGGGUGAAAGUUUGGGUUUGACGAGAAAAAAGUUGAUCAAACUCGCCCGGCUGGGUAAGUACGAUUCUCCUGAACUAAAUGAUGUUUCUGUAAACAUUUAUAAAUGAAGUUAUUUGUUUGCAGACGCCUUUUCAAUCGCAAUACUGUCAAACAAAAACCGGAAAUUGAAUAAAACUUUAGUGAACAAGUUUGAUGAAUUGAUUUAUGCCUCCCCCUUUUGUAAUGACAGCAGCAUUUGAUAAUGUUUUAUACUUAUGCAUUUGGUAAAGUUUUAUACUUGGCCAUAAGACCGAUUCUGUGCCCGAGUACAUUAGAAUUGAAAUGAAAUAAGUAUACAGGCUAUACAGAUUAUAUAUUAAAAGCGUUCAAGAUUUGAAAUCUUUCAUUCAUCAAUAUGCUAGUCCUUUUACUUAUUACAGAAUUAUAGGUUUGUCUUGACAUGUUUUGCAUUAAAAAUAUGUAAUAUUUAUUUAAUUAUAUGUAUUAAUCAUAUGAUAUUGUCAUAAACAGUUGACUGGUUUAAGCACCAAGGUAUUCAAAUUGUGAUAAUUUGUUCUUUGUCUAUUGAACAUUGUAAACAUGUUUGCAUAUCAUGUGCAUAAUGCUGGUAUAUUUAAUCUGAUGUAUUAAAUAAAAAGAUACAUUUAUCAUAAUAUGUUAUUAAUUGCAUUUCCUGCUCUGUACCAUUUCAAGAUGUGAAAAAGUUAUGAAUAAAGAUACCAAAAUUUA